AUUAGAUGAUCACCGACCAUGUGUGUGUGACAGAAAAUUAUAUUGUUAGAACAAAAGCAAAAGAGAAAAACCAGCCUAUGAAGGUUACAAAAGAGAGGGUUUCUUCAACAUAAAUUAAUAGACAAGCAAAAUGAAGAACAUAGCAACAAUGGGAACCUUAGAUGGAAAUGUUGAAGACGAAAAACGGGCUGUCGAAAUGUUUCAAGCAAGAGAAGAAGAGAUUGAGAAGAAGAAGGUGCAGGUUAGGGAAAAACUCGAGUUUCAGCUUGAUCGUGUAGAGGAAAAAACCCGAAGACUCGCUAGACUAUGGGAAGAACUCGAGGCUUUGAAAGAUCCCAUGAAGAAAGAAUUAGCCACGGUGCGAAAGAAGGUAGACAGGGCUAACCAUGAGCUCAAAUCACUGGGAAAAAGUUGCCACAAGAAGGAGAAAGAGUAUCAAGAAGCAAUGGAGGCUUUACGCAAUAAGAAGCAAGAAAAGAAUAAACUAACAACCACUCUAGUUGAGUUGGUGAAUGAAAGUGAGAAAGCAAGGUUGAAGAAACUACAGGAGCUCAGCAACAUCAUUGAUCCUUCAGGCUGAUCAUAUUAUAUUAUAUAUGUGUGUUUGUUAAAAGCUGAGAUUUACUUGUGAAUUAAUUAAUUAAUUUUCUUGUAUAUUAAUUUGUUGACUGACAUUAAGUAAUUAUUAUAUUCUUCAUUGAUUUUAUCUUGUAAUUGAAAUUACUUGUGAAUUAUUUAUUUUU